GUUUUAGAUAAUUUAUGAACAACAGUUUCUCACUGAAUCAUGGCCAUCAUUAUCAACAUGUGCCUGUAGUUCCAAACACGAUAUAUCCUGUAACUCAACAGCAGGUGGUUCAGGUUCCGGGUCAGACUUUUUCUCUCUUAAGGGCAAAUAACCCUCACUCUAUAUCAAUCUCGGAACCCCAACGGGUUCUAGCAGCACCCUGUCAACCUAUUGAGUAUAUGCUGGGGCAAUCGUCUUGCCCGUCAAUCAGCGCAGCAUCAUCUCUGAGUCCACGGCAUAAUAUUCAACAACAACAUCAUCGACUAGACCAACAACAGCCGACGCCUCCGAUUGCUUCGCACCAUAGUAUUAAUACAAACGCUAUGCCAGUAGAUGCACAAGAAUUCUACGGAACCCAUAAAUCAAGUAGUCUAGUUCGUGUCCCUAACGGUCAGAAGGCACUUUUGAGAUCUCCAGGGAGCCUUUACAGUAACCGGCUCAAUGCAGGAACUUUUCCUGUUUUUGUUAAAACAGGAUCCAUGAUCAAGAGUCCUGUCAAUAUGAAAGCUUCAUUUUUUCACGGGCAGCAUCAGAAUGAAACUAGAGUUCAAAUAGCGAAACCGAGGGUGCUUGCCAUACCAAAACAACCGGUGCUCACUAAAACAUCAUCCAAUCAGAGUUUUGCUCGUUACCCCACAGAAAUAUUCGGAACCCCAAUUCAAUUUACGCCACAACGAUCGGAUGGCGGAAGAUUCGCUUCAUCCGGGGUGUCGACGAACUUGAUGGGGAAUUCGACAUCCAACAUCUCGAGAUUGGCUCAAGGGCAGCUGACGACUCAAGAAGUGCAGUUUAGUAAUCAUGCACAAUCGCCAGCUGCGGCAAUACAAACAGUAAGAGGCCAGCUGGAGAGGAAGCGGAAAAGUGAGCCUCCUCAGACGGCAAAUUCUGUGUCAAGUUCGUCGGUGUCAACCUCUGCAGCAUCUGCCACCAAACUAUCGAGAAAAGUACUUCCUCUGAAAGCUCCAACGCCCAACAUGGUCAGGUCGAUCGAGAGAGCGAGAAAAGAGCAAGAGUUGCGGCCUGUUAAGGAGAAACUGAAAGCAGCAUCAACAGCCGCAACAGUGCCUAAGAAAGAGGAAGUGGUAUGUCUUUCCAGCGACGAAGAAGAGAAAGAGGCGGAGGAGGAGUCAAAUUGCAUGAUUAGAGUGAGCAGCGUGAACGGAUUCGACAAUGAGGCUGUGAAUGGAGGGUUCGCUAACGACGGGUUUCAGCCGCUGGACGAGAAUGGAGAAGCUGUGACCAGUUAUGACUGUGCUGCCUCGACUAUGGAAAGUGAAAGCAAUUCGUCGUGCAGCUUACAAUGCGUCAAAUCAUCUGUUGUCGAGCAAAGUGCCACAAAUGAAGGAAAUCUGCCGAACAUGAAAAAUUAUCCCACGUUAGCCCAACUGAAACGAGAUCCGAAUUCACUCGAAAUGUCUCCCUUUAGCGUAGCUCUAACAUCUAUUUACUACAAUAAUGGAUUAGUGUGUCCGACUAAGACUGAGUUGCAGUGUAAAUUUAGCAAGUUGGAAAUAGUUUUGCCAGAUUCUAGUUGUUUCGUCCACCCCGCAGAAGUUCCGAGACGCAUAAGUUUCAAUUCAAUUCAAGGCGCACAUUAUAUGUUAUCUUCAGCUUUUAACGGUCUUCUAAUACAUCUAUCGUCAAAUCCUUUGCCGGCCAACCAACAAACUGUAGCCUCUCUCGAUCAAGCGCAGCAGAAUGUGGCAUCCAAAGAGUCGACUAGUGGCCAAUACUUGCUCCUGAUUUUGAAAUCACCUCUUAGAUUGGAAUUAGUUCAGAGGUUGAAAUUACUUUUUGAGUAUCUUAAUUUUAUUAGAAAUACAAUAUCAUUUAUAAGAGACGAUCGAGCGGCAGUGUUCAAUUUUUACAAGGAAUGGGAAACUGACAAAACGAAAUUGGCGCGCUGUUCCAGCGGAAUAGGUGCUUCAUCAGCAGCGAAUUCAGCUCUCGUGAAAGCAUUCAAUAACUCAGGCAAUGCUGCUCGGAACGGUAACACUGUUACAUUGUACACAUACACUCGAGAUAAAACGAUUAUUCCGAUUACAAGCGCGGAUGUGCGCUGUUUAAAUCCAGACGAGUUUCUAAAUGAUACGAUAAUUGAUUUUUACUGUAACUGGCUCCUCGAUCGGUACCUCACGGAGCCCGAACAGAGGAACAGAGUGUACUUGUUCAACUCCUUCUUCUACAAGACCUACACCCAAGUCAAGAAUCCCCCAAAGCCCACGGCGAGCGAAGUAGCUUCGGGUAAAGGGGGGGCUGUUGCAGUGAAGGUGAAACGACACGAACGGGUGAAGAAAUGGACCAAGAAUGUGAACUUGUUCGAGAAGGAUUUCAUCAUCAUUCCUGUGAACGAGGAGUGGCAUUGGUUUCUGGUGCUAAUUUGCUUCCCAAAGCAAGCAAUAAAUGCGAGUGCGCAUAACGCCUUGAUGGCCAGUCAAAAGUCGCAGACAGUUGGCAACUGGAUCAACGCCAGCAAGAUUGCACGGGAGCGCGAGCCGCUCAUUCUGGUGCUGAAUUCUCUAAUCACUGGCAACAAGAACAACCUGUUCAAACAAAUGCGAGACUACCUAGAGGUCGAACUUCUAGAUAAAUCCCAGUUAGUUCAGUCUUUUUCGCGUACAGCGUUUGCUCAUAUGCAACCCUCAGUGCCUCAACAGACGAAUUCUUUCGAUUGUGGAAUCUAUUUGUUCAAAUACCUGGAAAAGUUCCUCCAGGAUUUUGUGACGAUCGAAAAUAAUCCGAAAGAGCCAGACAAGAAAAUAGAGUGGGAGAAGUGGUUCGAAACUUCGGAGACGUCUAAUAUGAGGAACGAGUUAAAGACAUUGAUCGCAUCGUUGCACGACCAGAAAACAGUUUCAAACUUUGAACAGUAUUCCUUUAAAAAAGUUGUGUCCUCAACGUGAGGUGUAGAUUGAUUGGAUUCGAUUGUAUCGUUUGUAAAAAUUGCAGAUAGCGUUUUCUGAUAUUGCUUCAUUAUUGUUCUGAACUGAACUGCUUAAAUUACUCCCAAAUUUUAAGGUUUUGGUUGAUAGUUAUUUAGAGCAGCGGCGGUGUAUAGUGUAUGUAAGUGCACUUCUAAAGAUUACGAUGUUCAUUGCUAAAAAAAAUUUUGAACAGAAAGUGACCAUAAACGUAAGGAAUUAAGUUUAGUUGCCUUGUAAAUAAUUGUUCGAAUAAAAAUCAGGGGUAAUAAGUUAGAUAAAACUUGGCAAGAAAUCAGAAACAUAGGUUUGUACGUUUCUGUUAGAUUCAUGAUACAUUUACUAGUAGUAUUAGUAGU